AUAUCACCGUACCUCGUAAAACCGACACUGAAACGUCCCGGCCUACAAAUCACCAGCCAAAUUAUGAGUUCAUUGUAUUAUGCGAAUGCUUUAUUUUCGAAAUAUACAGCCGGAACUUCUGUUUUUCCAACGGGGGUAUUUUCGGAACCAACUUCUUGCGCCUUUGCCUCAAACUCCCAGCGGUCGGGUUAUGGCUCAGGGUCGGCUUCUUACGCAGCCACUGUGCCGGGUUUGUACAGCACAGCCAACAGCCUUCACCACCAGACCCCGACCAUGUACACGUCUCCUUAUGGCCUCAACGCGAACUCCUUUAACAUGCACUGUUCUUCAUUCGAUCACAACAUCUCAUCACUGAUGUGCGGCGCUGGGGACUCCUGCAAGCAGAGUUGCAGCAAGUCGGAGCAAAGAGAGGCAGACCCCCAGUCCGAGAACUUCCGGAUCUACCCUUGGAUGAAGAGCUCAGCUUCAGACAGGAAAAGGGGACGCCAGACCUAUACUCGGUACCAGACCCUGGAGCUGGAGAAAGAGUUUCACUUCAACCGCUACCUCACCAGACGGAGACGCAUCGAGAUUGCACACGCGCUCUGCCUGACUGAGAGGCAAAUUAAAAUCUGGUUCCAGAACAGGAGGAUGAAGUGGAAGAAGGAGAGUAAAGCCACCAGUCCACCUGAUGCAGGCGAAGAAAAGCAGGAAGAAUGAAGGGGGGAGAAAAACAAACUUCUAAAAACUCAAAAAGAAGCAUAAACUUAGAAGACUUUUUUGAACAAAUGGAACAAGUUGUUCCUCAUUUCUUAACACUGAAACAGAAUACUACCUAAAUCUGUAACAGUUUUACUUGUAGUUUGUUUUGUACAGAUUAGAGGGAAUAACCCAAAUCUAUAUUGUACAAGUACAGUUAUAUAUAGUCUGUGCGUUAGCUUUUUUGAUGUGGUGAACUGUGUUACUGUAAUUAGCUUUGCUUUAUCCGGUGUAUUUAAAGGAAAACAAUGUCAGUGACUUUAUAUUUGUUACUGUAUUGAUGUAAUUUCUUGUCAUUAAGAAUAGUUUCCAAAAGGAGUUGUGUGUAACCCCAACCCGUGUACAGAUUAUUGACAUGUGUCCCGUAUAAACUCCUGUUAUAGUUAAAUAUAUAAAAUGGUGUUCUGGUGGAAGUAUUGAGUGUAACUUCUCUGUACAUUUUUUGCUAUUUAAAUAUGGACCAUUAUGUUUGCUCAGUUGAAAUUUCGCGCUUUAGUUAUGAAGGAUGUAAACUGUUCUGUGAAAUAAAAUUAGGAUUUUUUUUUCG